UAACCCUUCGCGGCGCGACAAGCGGAAGCGGAAGUGAGGAGUUGAGACACGUGCUGCUGUUCUGUGAGCGCGUGCUGGAGCUGCGGCAGACAUGAAGAGACCGAAGUUGAAGAAGGCGAGCAAGCGCUUAUCAUGCGCUAAACGCUACAAAAUACAAAAGAAGGUUCGGGAGCACAAUCGUAAAUUAAAGAAAGCCGCAAAGAAGCAAGGCAUAAGCCGAAAGGCCAAAAAAGAUAUUGGAGUCCCAAACAGUGCGCCUUUUAAAGAGGAAGUGCUUCGAGAAGCUGAGCAGAGAAAACAGGAGCUUGAAACUCUGAAAGAGCAAAACAAGAUCGUGAAGCAGCAAGAAAAGGCUGCCAAGCGGAAAAAGGAGAAAGAUGCAGACAGUUCAGUAAAAGAGCCCGCAGCCAAGAAAGCUAAAAAGGCAGCGAAAAUCAAAGAAGCAAGAGCAGCGAUAGUUAAAGUGAAGAGCGCUAAAACAUUCAAAUGCCAAGAACUCAACAAGGUGAUUGAGGCAUCUGAUGUUAUUGUGGAGGUUUUGGAUGCCAGAGAUCCUCUGGGCUGCCGCUGUCCUCAACUGGAGGAAAUUGUCCUUAAACACGAGGGAAAGAAGAAACUCUUGUUCAUAUUGAACAAAAUCGAUCUUGUUCCUAAAGAUAACCUAGAGAAGUGGCUCUGCUAUCUUGAAGCCGAGUGUCCAACUUUUCUCUUCAAAGCAUCAAUGCAGCUAAAGGACAGAACGGUGCAACAGAAAAGGCAGCAGCGAGGAACUAACGCAGUUCUGGAUCACAGCCGAGCUGCUUCAUGUUUUGGAAAAGACUUUCUCCUUCAGACACUUAACGACUUGGCGAACAAGAAAGAUGGUGAAACCAUGCUUAAAGUUGGCGUCGUCGGUUUUCCUAACGUUGGAAAGAGCAGCAUUAUCAACAGUAUGAAAGAAAUGCGAGCGUGUAAUGCUGGCGUACAGAGAGGAUUGACCAGGUGUAUGCAGGAAGUGCAUAUUACCAAGAAAGUGAAGAUGAUUGACAGUCCCGGGAUUUUGGCAGCCCCCAGUAACCCUGGAGGUGCGAUGGCCCUCAGGAGCCUGCAGGUGGAGGAGAAGGAGGAGAGCCCACAGGAGGCCGUCAGGAAUCUACUCAAACAGUGCAAUCAGCAGCAUAUCAUGCUACAGUAUAAUGUCCCAGACUACAGAAGCUCCUUAGAAUUUUUGACCACCUUUGCUAUGAAGCGCGGGCUCCUGCAGAAAGGUGGCGUUGCUGACACGGAGCUGGCAGCCACAACAUUCCUCAAUGACUGGACCGGGGCUAAGCUGAGUUACUACAGCAGAGUUCCAGAGCGACAGGGUCUUCCCUCUUACCUGUCUGAUGCCAUCGUGACUGAACUGCGGUCGGAUGUGGAUAUGGAUGUUGUGAAGAAGAGCAAUGAGAACGUCAAGAGAAGUGUUCGCUUUCCAAACCUCGCGAGCUGUAUAAGUUUUGACUCCAAUGGACCCACUGCUGGAGUGCUGAAUGUCAGUGAGCUGCCUAAAGAGACGAUAACAAAGACGGCAGCAACAACAGAUGCAGAGGAAGAGAAGAUGGAGACGACGGCCAACACAGAUGAGCCUGAGGCUGAAAGCCCCAUUUCAACAACCGUGGAACAGAUUCAGGAACCAACAGAAAAGAGAAAAGAUAAACCAACAAAAGAAGUGAAGUUUGUCCCAGUCAACACUGACCUGACGUCAUUGCAGAACAAGAACAAUGAGGAUGCAUACGAUUUCAACACAGACUUUGUGUAAAAAUUCACUAUAAAUAUUUACACGGACUGAGAGGAAUCAAAUUGUUAAAUGCACUCAGUUGGAGUGCAUAUUAUGUUUGUAUGUAUUAAUACAUAAAAUGAUUAUGUUCCACUAAAUAAAAGGUAAAACUCUUA